UGACUCGCAAGUUACUUUAAGAACCCUCUCCAAAGUUCUUCACAUCUAGCGAUUCAAAUUCCCGAGAAACCAAAACCCCUUAUGGAAACUGCUAGUGUCGGGCUUAGAUCGAGUGCCCCCGUUUUCAAUGGCUCCCCUCGUCCUCUCUCCACUACCUUCUUGUCUUUUCGGUUCAUUCAAUCCAAAAAGCUUCGCAGAUUUCCACAUGAUUUGUCUUGUACCUCUCGUCCAAGCGCCAAAAGCCAGAAAUCUCAAGGCGGUGAUCGCAAUUUUCGUUCGAAUCUCCGGAAAGCUCAGAGUGUUUCAGCGAGAUUUGUAAAUGGUGGAUGGAAUGGAAAUUACUUACAGAGCGGGAGUUUCGGGAUUGCUUUGAUAAGCAUUACCGCGACGGUGAAGCACCGUAUUAGUCCGUUCGUUGCUACAUUGGCGACGAAUCCGACGUUUGUUUCGGGAUUGUUCGCGUGGUUUUUUUCUCAAUCGACGAAGGUUUUGUUGAACUUUUUCGUGGAAAGGAAAUGGGAUUUGAAGAUAAUGUUUGGUUGUGGUGGAAUGCCUUCAUCUCACUCUGCAUUGUGCACCGCUUUGACGACUUCCGUGGCUCUUUGUCAUGGCGUAGCGGACUCGCUUUUUCCAGUCUGCUUGGGGUUUAGUCUUAUUGUCAUGUAUGAUGCAAUUGGUGUUCGUCGACAUACCGGCAUGCAAGCGGAGGUUCUUAAUCUGAUCGUUGAGGACUUGUUUGAAGGCCAUCCCAUAAGAAAAAGAAAGCUGAAAGAGCUGCUUGGGCACACGCCAUUGCAGGUCCUUGCUGGUGCUCUGCUAGGCAUUGUGGUUGCUUGGUUCUGUUGUCAGGGCUCCAUCAUCCCACCUACAACUUCUUGAUCCCAUGGCAGCUCCUUUUCACUAUGGAAAUGGCCCAUUUUUUUUGCCUUCUAAUUUACAAAUGGCAUCAUAACUUUAUAGCUUUCUUCUUUGUUCAUAGUAACCCUAAUCAAUUUCAUUUCUAAAGAAAUAGUGGAAGCAAUGAAGACCUGAAUUUAAUUUUUAAUAGAUUUCAUAAGUUAAA